GGAAUAGAGCAGAAUUGGCAGCACUGCCGCAAGUAUCCACUUUUUCACGGGCAACAAAUUGACAAAGAAAUUGUAAGAUAAUUUCCUGUGGCUAUUGCUGGUUGCGCAAAGCCACUUGCCUUAAAAGCGGGCUUAAACGGAGUCCGGGCCAGAAGUUAAAUAUCGCAGAGCGCUUGCAUACCGUGUAAUUUGCUAACUGCGACGCACCAAACUUUUUUUUUUGUAUGCCGUGAGCUGAGCGGAGGUGGAGAUCGGGAGUUCGGAAUCCGGAAUCGGGAAUUGGGCAUUGGGUAUCGAGACGGGAGUCACACGAAGAAGUCGGCGGCAAUGGAGCAGAACUCGAACAGCAGCGUGGCGGACACGUUUGCGGAGGCACCAGCGACGGACGCGGAGUACGGCACUGAGAACUGUUCCGGAUCCGGAAUGUCGGUCGGCGACACCGUGAGCGCCAACCACGAGUUCCAGACCAUGAAACCGGGUCCGGGUGUGCUGCACAAGGUGUUGCCGGUGGCCAAUAGCGCCAGCAGCGCUACCGCAACCAACGGACGCACGCGCUCUGAGAUGCCGCACAGCGAGCUGGUAAAGAUGCUGUACUACCUGGAGGGCGAACUGCAGGCACGGGAUGUCUGCAUAGCCGCCCUGAGGAACGAGCGGGUGAAGCAGCUGAUUGCCCAGCUGCGCACCAAGCGACUGCAGCCGAACGAUCCGUAUGCGGCCAUAUUCCGGGACAAGAUCGCACUCAAUGGCAAUCUGAUAUCGAGGGAGUCGUCUACGCAGGCGGCGCAAGCGGAGAUGGAGGUGCGCCAGAUCAUUGAGCAGCAAAUGGAGCAGCAGUAUCAGAUGGUUAGCAAGCAGAGGGCCACGCAUGUGCGUAUGGUCAACAUAUUGACCGAAUCGCUGGAAAACAAUCAGCGUAUGCUCCAGGAGCUGGAGGAGGAGAAGCGCAAGCACGAGAGCACCACGGCUCAGGGCGACGACAUCACCUACGGCCUGGAAUUGGAGCGCAACAAGCUGAAGCAGGACCUCGAGGAGGAGCGCGCUCAGGUGGCCAAAAUGGAGAAGGAUCUGAAGAAGCUGCAGGAGACGCUCGAGUACGAGCGCAAUCGACAAAAGCAGAUUGUGCUGCUGCUGAUUGCGGAGCGCAAAAAGAUCCUCAUGAAGUAUAUUGAAGAAGGGAAACGGUCGGAGGAUCUGGCCCAAAUCCUGGCCGAGGAGAAGCAGCGCUCGGACACCAUUGCCGACGGUCUGGAGGAGGAGAGCAAAAAGUCGCUGCGCAUGGAGGAGGAACUGGAGAAGCAAACGCAUGCCAUGGAGCAGGAGCGCAAAGUCCUGUUUGCCAAACUAGCCAAGGAGGAACUCCGGGUCAAGGAACUGGAGCAGGAACUCAACGCCCUACGGAGCGAGCACGAGGCUCUGAAAAAGCAGCAGCAACUGGGCGGCAGCGGCUCGUCCGUGGCCGCCGCCAAGGCGCGACAGUUCAGCGACGACGCCUGUGCCACGCCCCCCAUGGUGAACAUCGCCAAGAUCGUGCAGCCAACAGCCACGGUUAGCAGCAUGCCGGUCUCGGGACCACAGACCGGCAUAGCCCGCUCCAUUGCGCCGGGCCAGAACAUCCGGAGCGCUGGAAUCGCAACGGCGCCCACGGGCACGGCCACAGCAGCAAUAGCACCACUAACUGCCGUGCUCAACCACACUACCACCAUCACCACCACCACGAACAACACCACCACCAGCAGCAGCAGCAACUCCAGCGGCAGCGUUGGAGUAGCAGCAACAGCUGCAGCAGUAGCUGCAUCCGUUGAGACGGCUGCUACGGUCACCGUGCCCAUGGUGGCGCCACCCUCACCCUCUCCGGCAAAGAUGCAGCCGACGGCCACCAUCCAGCGGGCGCCCGGCGGCAAGUAUGCCGCACUGGCUGCGGCAGCUGCCCUCGACCAGACAACACCACCGCAUCCUCAUCCCGUUCCCAUUGCCGUGCCGCCGGUUACGGUGCCGCCAGCGGGCGCUCGCGGUGCACCGCCACCCAUACCAACCAAGCCGAUCGUGCCACCCAAGCGGGAGCCAUCGCUCUCCCGGCUGGGCUCGAUUACGGGCAGCAGUGCCAUAGCGGCUGCCACCGCAGCCACCACGGCCGCGGGCACGGCGAAGCAGAAUUAGACACAUACACUCAGACUCACAUUAAUAACCGAUAUUGGGCGUAGCGAUAAGCGAAAUACUCAAGCGGCGUAGUCCCUCGGUGACCGCGCUGGGCAACAGGAUCCUCCAUCGCGAACUGACAACUUUCAUAUUCUUUUGCUUAUAAAAUGUUUAAAUUUUAUGUACGCAUCUUCUUUCCUUUGCUGUUUAUUGUGAUUAUUCAGUUUAGAUAAAAGUCUCUUAUAUAUACUUUGAUAUGUAUUCAUUUAUACAUUCAACUUCAUUGUCAGUUCGAGAUUGGAAUCCCAAAAAGUAAUCUAAAAUCUUCUUAAAAGUAAAAACGAUACGAUUAUUCGAGUAUUUUCUGUUGCCUGGCGUGAUUUGGCAUGUAAAACGUUUAGGAGAGAAGUUUGUUAAGAAUUAGAAUGAUAGUAUACAGUGCGACUCCCCCCUUAGGCGGCCUCUUAUCUAAGUUUGGUUUAGUUUAGUUAUUGUUUUUUACCAAGCGAACGAUACAUUUUACAAUGCCGUUGGCGGCGGUCCGAGGGCCAAGCCAAGAGACAAGCGACUUUAAAUGUAAUUCCGUACGUAGUAACCGAACAUUUGUACAAGGCCGUGCGAUUCUCAUAACAAGUAACAGCCACAAUAUAUGAUAAUUAUAUACAUACCCCCACAGAUAUAUAGAUUAUAUAUAUAUAUAUCCACGCAUAUGCAUCAAACUAUGUGUACACUACCCUUGUACUCCGGGCGUUGUUUAAUAGUUCUUAGGUGCGUCGCAUACGUGUGUGAACAACUUCCUCCAUGUGCAGCUAACAUACUGAAUUACUUCGUAGUGUUUGAUUUAUAAAUUAAGUUCUAAGUUCGGCCUAAGCACCUUUGUUCGCCCGCCUAUCCGAUAACCGAGAAGUGUAUCCUAUAGAUUUACCCACGCCGUUCAAACUAGCAUAGUUGACCAGAACGGAGAUCGUUCGACGGGAACACUUAUUUUACAAAUGCGUACUGUGAACAUCCCUCCAGCCCCCCAGCAGCUUGGAUUUCCUUUUUAGUCAAAGGGCAGCAGCCAGUCAAGUAGUGUUGUUGGUAUACAAUAAAUACAUAGCAAAGAGGCACAAGAUAUAAA